AUGGCUGAAAUUGCUGGCAAUGUAAGUUUAUGCAAGAACUUUCUUUACAAAACAAAAAACGGCAAGAACUUUCUUUACAAGACAAAAAAAUGGCAAGGACUUUCUUUACAAACCCAGAAAUGGCAAGAACUUUCUUUACAGAACAAAAAAUGGCAACAUCUUUCUUUUUACAAUUUUUGUUGCAGACUGCCCUAUCAGUACUAGUAGCGCUACUAGUCGCAUUAACUUCAACCCUUGCCAGCCAAUUUGCCAAAACAGCACUGACAUUGGAUGAAUCUCUGUUCUUUGCACCUUAUUCAAUGACAUACUUCAACACACUAUUCCUGAUACCUCUAUAUCCAUUUUACGUCAUUUUAAAAGUGUUUGGAACUAAUGAUACUAUACCUAAUGUUCAUGAUGGACCAUCUAAAAUACUCAAAGACGAUCUGGUGAGCCCUACCCUACCCUACCCUACCCUACUUUACCCUACCCUACCCUACCCAAUCCUACUGUACUUUAGGCCAUACCGUACCCUUGACCGUAUAGUACGCUUGGCCUUAUCGUACCUUAGAACCUACCGUACCAUAGGCCCUACCGUACCUUAGAACCUACCGUACCCUAGGCCCCACCGUAGCCUGUGUUCUGCCGCACCCUAAUCCCUACAGUUCCUUAAGCCUUACAUUAGUCUAGAUCCUACCGUACUAUGGCUCGUACCGCACCUUAGACUUUACCGCAUCCUACUUUAGCUCGCUGUAUUCUCUUACUGUACCUUUACAUUAUCUUAUUGUGGCUUUGCUUUAUUAAUUUACUCCAGCUUAAAAAUCAAUGUUUAGGGUAAAAUGCGUUCAAAGACGUCUAUAAUCCUAGCAGGAAUAAUAAUUUUGAUUGGGUGGAUAGCUCCAAAUUACAUUUUUGCCAUUUCCCUAAAAUACAUUUCUGUAUCAGCAGCUGUUUCUAUCAACAGUUUGAAUGCAGCAUUAGUGUUUAUACUUAGUGUCACUUGGCUGAAGGCUGAGUUUAGUUGGUUUAAGGUAAGUUCUUGCCGUUUUUUGUUUUGUAAAGAAAGUUCUUGCCAUUUUUUGUUUUGUAAAGAAAGUUCUUGCCAUUUUUUGUUCUGUAAAGAAGGUUUUUGCCAUUUUUUGAUAUGUAAAGAAAGUUUUUGUCAUUUUUUGUCUUGUAAAGAAAGUUCUUGCUAUUUUAUCUUUUAUGACCCAAUUUGAUGAAUUUUUAUACUCCCGCAGCCUGUAGGUGACAUGUUAUACGACAACGAAACAAAGCUUUAAAUUUAGGUAUCAAAUUUUAAAAUUUUAAUUUUUUAGGCAUCUGGAGUAAUAUUGAGUAUAUGUGGAGUAGUUUUAAUGUCCAUGGACAACGAAUUCACUGGAAGCUUGACUGGGGUCAUAUUAAUAUUGUUCUGUGCACUGUGCAUUGCCAUUUAUAAUGUAAGCCAAACCUAAAAUUCAAAAUAUAGUGACAUAUUUUAUAGACAACCUUCAAACAAGUCUUUGGAGACCUCACAUUCGGCCAGGUUUUAUUUUUCCUAACUCUACUUGGACUAGCCAACUUGGUAUUGAAUACGGUACCUACCGUAAUCCUCAUCAACAUGGACAUUGAUCAUAUUGUAUGGCAAGCUGUACCUUGGUCGGCUAUUGCUGCCAAUGCUCUUUUGGCGACAUGUAAGUCUCUUUUUGCUAAUUUUAGAUGUUGGUGUUAUAUAAAAUGGCAAUGAUAUUGUUUUAGUGUUCAACCUGUCGGUAAACUUUGGCAUUGCCAUUUUAAACCCGCUGGUAGUGUCGAUUGGAAUAUUGAUGGGUAUUCCUAUUAGCACUGGUAAGGUUUUAACAAAAUUUUGGACCUCUACUAUGAUUAUGUCAGUUUUAAAAUGGCAAAAACCUCCAAAAAUUCCAUUUUUAAGCAUAAAAACGUUAAUUAUGCAAAUCUUGGAAAUAAUUUCAACACCGUUUUACGGCCCAAGAAAGUACAGUAUUUUCUGAACAUUUGAAGGCUAAAUAACCCUAGGUUUGACAAUUACUUUUAGCUGUGGACAUCAUUUUCCGCAACCUAGUAGCUGGCCCAACCAUGAUUUUCGGCGGAAUUUUAAUCUCUGCCGGCUUCUUCCUCAACACAUUACCGGUCGAUAUAUGA